CUAGUCCCUUUCCUUUCCUCUCCCAGAGAACAGCCGAUGCAUCCAGGAUAAAGCGCAUCGCGGAUAUUUGAAUCAGGAUACCACAACCCAGUGGCCAGGAACACACCGGACUUUUCUUUUUUCCCAUACAUCUAGAGGAUCCCAAAGUCCAGUACCAGGAUCGGCAGAGCCUCAGGACCAUAUUCAUCUUGCUUGCUUGCUUUUUUUUCUGUUUCUUGCCGUGGAUUUCAUUUAUCGAAGGACUUCUUCUCAAGGGUUGAGGUGUUGACAUGGCGCCCGUCAUGUCCAACGAGUAUUGGCCAACUUCUCGCAGGUGCGAACUUUCGAUAUGACUUUGUUCGUUAUCGUCAACAGUCAAGCUAACCUCCUGAAGCGUAAUUUAUAAUGACGGCUUGUUGUCAGAAUCCUCUGAUCACCCUGGCUACCAACCAUCGAGAAUGACGAGUUUCCCAUCCGGAGCGAUACCAGUGUAUGGUGUAGCAACAACAUCAGCAACAGGCCCAAGCACCUCGCUCACACGGCUUGAGCCUUUCCUUCCCACUGCGCCUCAUUACGUAUCGACCCCAACGUCGGUGUCUCAUAAUGCCUCCGGGCCGGUGUACGGCUCCUAUACCAGCUCUAGCUCUCCGAGUUGGCCAGUUCAGGGUAAAUAUUCGCCUAUAGAUUCUGCAGAUGAAUUGGUCCACACUCCAGACUACAGGCGAAAUAGUAUUGCUAGCACUUCUCCACCUUCAGGGUCGAGUAGAAACGUUGGCAAGGGUCGACCUCAGAGGAAACCUUCGAACAGAGACGAGUUCGAUGGGCCACAAGUGCAGUUCCUCGCGCGACCCCCAUCUGAUUAUAUCGCAAUGCAAGAACGGGAGAUGCCCCAUCUUCCCACGAAUCUGCUAGUGUCAGAGCAAGAUCAAGUUCUGGCUGCAGUUAAUGACCGAUUAUCGCAAUGCGCAUUCGAUUUUGUUGCAAAGUAUCAGUUUCCUAUACCGCUCACUCAAGACAUGCGUCCUGUUGAGCGACCCCAGGAUCGAGAAUGGACGGAAUGGGUGUACUUACUAAAGCGUCUCGCAACGAAGAGGCGGAUCCCGGCACGCGUUAUCUACAAUGGACAGAUCAAACAGUUCGCCACCAUUCUGGAGAACUCGCUCGAGAUGCGACAUGCUGCGAAGCAUCAGUCGCGGCCAUUGAAAGAUGACCGCAACGUCUUACAGCUCAUUAGCGCCGGAAUUCAGGUUGCCAAGAUCCUGAAGGAUGCAGCAGCUAUGGAUUAUCUGGACAGACUUUACGUUUCAACUGAACAACAGAUUCAAGACCGAACGGCGGCCUCGGCGGCGCGGUUCCGCUGAGCAUAUCCGCAUGCAUAGUUACGUUAUACGUUAUACCGACUCUCUCAGAAGAGUAGAUGUGCCAGUGAGCAAAGGAAACAACAAUAUAUGUUAACAAGUUCAACUUCAA